AUGUUGUGGUUAUGACUAAAGCAAAAACAGCUAAAGGAUAUUAGCUAUUUAAAAUGAGUGUUGUUCGGAGCGUUUGUUUUUUAGCGCUUGGCAUUUUAAUUAUCUCGUUAUUGUGUAUUGCAAUCCAAAAUCGCUUGACGGUUGAAUCAGUAAACGACAAAGAGAACCUUCAUCAAUAUUCCCGCCAACACGUUUCGUCACUAGGCCAGGAAGAUGACGAUGUUCUCGUUUUUGUUCAUAUAUCUGAUCUCCAUAUAAGUGCAUUUACGGCAAAAGAUAGAUAUCAGCAACUCAGUGAGUUCUGCAACAUCAACUUGAAGGCCAUCAAUCCAGGCUUGGUUCUUGCAAGUGGAGAUUUAACUGAUUCUGUAGCCCCUGAUAAUCUUGUGGUUGACCAAUUUAUUGAGGAAUGGUCAAUGUACAAAGUGUUGUACACCGAGUGUCAAAAUGUUUCUCGUGUGCCCCAUUGGUUGGAUUUAAGGGGGAAUCAUGAUAACUUCAACAUCAAUGGGUACAACAGUUCGAAUAACUACUACCCUAAGUUUGGAUCACAAAGAUUCCAUACAUCAGGAUCAUACAUGACAACAAUUGAAAUCAACGAUAAAACUAAAUAUGCAUUUAUUGCAGUGGACGCUACCCUAGAUAUAGGCUCGAAACGCUUAUUGAACUUCGUCGGCCAAUUAGAUGAUACCCGUCUGCUAAAAUUGCAAGAACUUGAUCAGGCAGCAUCAAAGUUAAAUGUCAACGCAACCAUUUGGUUUGGUCACUAUCCUUCAUCAAUUAUCUUAACAUAUGGAAUUCUUCCUGGCCUCCGGCAUAUAGCUGCUAAAGGGAUCGCCUACUUAUGCGGACAUCUCCAUAAUUUUGGUGGAAUGAUUCCUCACAUGUAUUCCAAUCACCAUUCCGGAAUGCUGGAAUUGGAAUUAGCUGAUUGGAAACACAAUCGGAUGUAUCGGGUUGCAGUGCUAGACCAAGGAUUAUUUUCAUUCACCGAUAUUCAACAUAAAACUUGGCCCGUUAUAGUUGUAACUAACCCUAAACCGCUGUUAACGGUACAGCCUUCUAAAGAGCCCAUUGAAUUGAUGGCCACUUCUACUCAUAUCCGAAUUUACAUAUUUUCCCCAUCACCCAUAAAUAGUUGUGAGAUAAAACUGGAUGAAGGUUCUUGGCAACCGUGUAAGCGAAGCGGCCAACAACAUCCGUUGUAUACGGCGCCUUGGCAGCCUGAACUCUACUCAAAAGGCCUGCAUGUGUUGCAUGUCCGCGCUAGUGAUUCUUCCGGAUCCGAAGUGUUAACAAAAAUAGAGUUUGCUUUGGACGAUACCAAACCACGUUUUCCGUUAUCAGCACGUCUAGCACUUAUGUUGGAUUUUACCGCUGUGAGCAAAGUCAUUUUCGCUGUUUCAAUUAUCUGGUGCAUCUUGCCGUUCUGCAUCCUUCGCCACCUGCAACUUCGGAUCAUUCGUAAGAAGCGGAAAAUGACUGCUUUACGUAUUCGCACGAGUUGGAUUAGACUGUGGGUUAGGAAGUUCUGGAUCUUUGCCAGCAUCAAUAGUUUAUUGUUUCCGUACUUGGCCUAUACCGUAUAUCUCGCGUUUGGACCUUGGUUUAUGGCCCACUUUGUCGCAGAUCGCAUUGGCGUUCUUUUCGUUUGGGGGACUUUGUUCGAAGAUGGAACGUAUCUCCCAGGAACUACCACCUAUUUUUAUUGCGCCAUGCACGUCAUCUUCUUCAACAUGCUAUUUGUUACCAUCCUUGCCCACACUGCAGAUGUCAGAUACCAAGAGAAGAUUCUUAAGAAGCGAACCGACAGCCAUACGAUGUGCAGAAAAAUUACAUCAAAUUUUCCUAUUUCCAUCUUCCUUAUCGUUCAUGGGAUUACUUGCCUCAUAUUUUGGCAAUCCUAUGGCUAUUUGUCCAUGCUGGUCAAUCCUGCACGAUCCUGGAAUCUAAUCCUUGCUUUUUACCUCUGGUUCACUGCUAAACGAUUGGACACACCUCAGCUUACGAAUGCCGUGAAAACUUGGAACUAAACAUUUCUCGCCGUACACAUUUCCUCGCUUACCUACACUUCGUUGCCAAAACCUUUUGCUAGACAAGACCUACGAGUUCUCCAUUAUGUAAGAUAUAUCAACAUCAAAUGCGAAAUUGUGGGCUGUUCAUCCCCUUUUUACCAACCAUUCAUCAUGGAUUGGUAAUCUAUCGUACAGGACAUAAAUAAUCAAAUGGAAUUGGUUGAUUCAA